UGAAAGAUUCCCCCAAACAUGGUUUUGAUUUCAUGGUUGAAUGAGUGUACUUAAUUGACUCCAUUUAUUUUUGUUCACUCAACUCGGUGGAAGCACUUAUAUCUAAUUUCAUGCUUUAAACAUGCAAAUGCAAGUGUCCUCAGUGUCUUUACAAGCCAAGGUUGGGGUUUGUGUGAAGUCACAACAGCACACGAACCCAGCAACCAUAAACGACCACAGUUCCUCGGCCAAGGUGUAUGCUCCUAAGUGGACCCAGAAGACAAUAACUUUGCCUCCCCAUAAACGUGGCUGUCAUCUCAUCACUUCUAAGAUAGUGAAAGAAAUUGGGCAAGAAUUGUCUGGAUUCAAGUGUGGCCUAGCCCAUCUGUUCUUGCAUCACACAAGUGCUUCUCUGACCAUCAAUGAGAAUUGUGACUAUGAUGUUCGAGAUGACACAGAAACGUUCCUCAAUCGGAUAGUUCCUGAGGGGCCGUCUGCACCUUGGAAGCAUACUAUCGAAGGAUACCGAUUACAAAUGGAAAAUUUAACAUGGGGACAUGGCAGAAGAAAAAUACAUUUAUCCUUUGAGAAUUACCCUUCUAACAGAAAAAUAAGAUAAAGACAAUCACACAAGAUGAAAAUUCUAAAAACCGGAGAACUCUAAAAACAAACCGAAAAACUCUAAAAACUGGAGAAAAAACUACAAUAUAACACUCUAAUACACCUACACUCUGUGAACAUGUAAAGUUACUUUUGUUGACUUUGUAUAGUCAAUAUUGUUGGUUUUGUUUUGGGUGGAAGAAGUAAAUGAAAGGAAGCUAUGAAGUGGGCUAUGGAUUAGGUGCAUGUACAUCCAGCUCAUAUUGAAGAAAAAAUGAUGCAUGUUGUUCGGUGGCAUUUGAAGGCACUGGAACAAUUCUUGCCUAUAAAUACUUGCAUCCUUCGUCAGUUUUAUGCAUCCCAUCAUCCAACAAAAUCGAGUGUAAUUUCAUAGUGAGUAGAAAAAAAUACAUAAAGAGAAAAAUACAGAGAGAUAAAAUAGUAUCCUUCUGUGAGGUUCUCUUAGUGAGUGAGUUUUUCCUAUUUUUCAAGAGAGAGUGUCAUUGUUCUCUCCUUGUAAAUUGGAGAAAAAAAAUUAUAAUAUUUCUUUCACUUAGUAAAAAUAUUUCUCUGAUCUUGCCAGUGAUUUUUCCUUUAUCUGUUGAGGGUUUUCCACGUAAAAUUAUUGAGCUUCAGUUCCUCUUUUCUCAUCUCUAUUUUAGCUGUGUGAUAUUACUCAGUUACUCUGGUACCUAACAGUGGUAUCAGAGCCGAUGGUUCGGUAGUAUAUUCUUAGUAUGCUCUGUGGUUGCAGCUUAGUCUGAUCUUCCACAUCAGAAAAGAUUAAUUCCUUGUUGUUGGAGAAUCAUCCACUGGUUGUUGACGCUGCGGUACUAUUCAUGAUUACUAUUCACGGUGUGGUUGUAUACUUUUGCAGUGAUUGUUAACGUAUACUGGAAUUAUUCUAGUGCGAGGUAAAAAUAUACAAUAUUGUUCACGUAUACUGUACUAUUUACGGUAAAAUUGUGUAAACCGGUUUAGUUAAAAAAAAUGGCGGCGAAAUUUGAAAUUGAGAAAUUCAAUGGGAGUAACUUCUCUCUAUGGAAAUUGAAGAUAAAGGCAAUUGGUAUGGUCAAUCGGUUCAUGGCAGAUCUUGGUAAAGAACAUUGGAAUGCUGUAAAGAGAAUCCUGAGAUAUGUUAAACGAACCUCUAGUGCUGUAUUAUAUUUUGGAGGAUCAAAGUUUAUUGUCAAAGGAUAUGUUGAUUCUGAUUUUGCAGGUGAUCUUGAUAAAAGAAAAUCUACUACGUGCUAUGUGUUUACACUUGCAGGAGGAGUAGUAAGCUGAUUAUCUAAAUUACAAUCUGUUGUAGCUUUAUCUACUACAGAAGCAUAAUACAUGGCAUCGACUCAUGCAUGCAAAAAAAACAAUUUGGAUACAAAGGUUAUUGGAAGAACUCGAGCACAAGCAACCAAAGAUUACGGUGUAUUGUGACAGUCAGAGUGCCUUGCAUAUUGCAAAAAAUCCAGCCUUUCAUUUCAGGACAAAGCACAUAGGGGUACAAUACCACUUUGUCAGAGAAGUAGUAGAAGACAGUACUAUAGACUUGCAGAAGAUUCACACGAAAGAUAAUCUAGCAGAUGUGAUGACGAAGCCAAUCAAUGCAAAUAAGUUUACAUGGAUUAGAUCCUCCUCUGGCCAAUUGGAAACGUAAGCAACAUGGAACUGGCAAGAAGAGAAAGUUUUGAAAGAUCACAAAAAUGACUUUAAGUGGGAGAUUGUGAACAUGUAAAGCCACUUUUGUUGACUUUGUAUAGUCAAUAUUGUUGGUUUUGUUUUCGGUGGAAGAAGUAAAUGAAAGGAAGCUAUGAAGUGGGCUAUGGAUUAGGUGCAUGUACAUCCAGCUCAUAUUGAAGAAAAAAUUAUGCAUGUUGUUCGGUGGCAUCUAAAGGCACUGGAACAAUCCUUGCCUAUAAAUACUUGCAUCCUCCGUCAGUUUUAUGCAUCCCAUCAUCCAACACAAUCGAGUAUAAUUUCAUAGUGAGUAGAAAAAAUACAUAGAGAGAAAAAUACAGAGAGAUAAAAUAGUAUUCUUCUGUGAGGUUCUCUUAGUGAGUGAGUUUUUCCUAUUUUUCAAGAGAGAGUGUCAUUAUUCUCUCCUUGUAAAUUGGAGAAAAAAAAUUGUAAUAUUUCUUUCACUUAAUAAAAAUAUUUCUCUGAUCUUACCUGUGAUUUUUCCCUUAUCUGUUAAGAGUUUUCCACGUAAAAUUAUUGAGUUUCAGUUCCUCUUUUCUCAUCUCUAUUUUAGCUGUGUAAUAUUACUCGGUUACUCUGGUACCUAACACACUCUCCCUUAUCCCAAUUACACCUACACUCUCCAAAGCAAGUAACUAAACUAAACCUCACAACACUCUAAUACAAGAGUAUAAAAAAAGUCAAAUAUAAGCUUAAAGUCAACCUCACAACACUCUAAUACAAGAAUAUAAAAAAAGUCAGAUACAAGCUUAAAAUAUUUCUGACUAGAAUGCCUUGAUACCAUGGACUUAGGUCUAUUAUAUAGACUUGUUCACUUACUCCCUUGUUCAUUCCAGGCGAUGUGAGACUUCUUCUAACAUACCUUAAACAAUAUAAAAUUUUCAAGAUGUACUAUUUUCAUCCAUCUCAACACUUUUCUAAUCGAAUUUCUUUGAGGCUGGAUUAUAAUAGCUUCAAAAUUAUUAAUAUAAUAUAACUUUUCAUUAUGGUGAAGGGUAUAUGGCUGUGUGAGCAUCGGGAUUAUCCUACAUCGCGUACAGUUGUCGUCACUCUUAAUGGAAUAUGAAAUGCUCAGAGGUCUAUUUGCUUAACUUCAUUAUUAUCAAGAUUACGUGCAUUUUUUGCUUGAGAAUGUAUGGAUCAUCUCUGAAGCUAUAAUAGUUUUUUCAUAGGUUAAGUUUGAGUACUUUGCUAUAUGGACACAAUUGUAAAACUCUUUUUUAUCAUUGAAUGCAUUUGAUCAUUCUUCGUGAGCAUUUCCAAUGUACUCUUUGUCUUACAUUAAGUAGCAUCACUUAAGUAUUUUUAAUUUAUUUGUUACUUUAACAUAUUAAAAAUUAUUAUUUUAAUAAUAUUUUUAUUUAGAAAAAAUAAUUUUGUCAACUUACUAAAAGUGUAUGUGUGUAUAAAAGACUCUUUACC